GUUGUACAAUGUUCGCACCCCAUUCCUCCUGGUGAACCUGACAAAUCUUGCUGUGAGCCAUUCUAAGUUGCAAGCGUAGACCUAAAUAGUUGUUAUCUUGUUAUUUAAAUCGCUAAUCUAUAUAUAUUCAAACAAUAGGAUUAGUCUCUGUGCAAAACGCUAACAAAACAGUGCAUAGCUUGCAAUAGUAAUGACAAAAGCAUUCUCCGAGCAUUGUUGAUCUUUACCAUACCCGCUACCGGAGUACUCGUGUAAGGAUAACUGUUCUUUAAUCGCCUUGAGAGAUAAAAUGGCAGCUAGCGCGACAGGCUCUUCUCAGCAUGCGGGACAACACACAGCUGAAGCUACGGCAGCCAUCAACCAUUUCAACAGACUUCCAGAAGACCUCCGGUCAAAGAUUGUUGCCCUCACAGGAGGUCGAGGCGGCUUUCGCCUCGCCUGCAAAGCCCUACACACCACAUCCAAUAGCCUACAUCAGCAGCCUAACCUCCUAGCGCUGAUGUGCAUAACACGCUGGGGUCCGGAGGAGGAAACGGUGAAGCAAUCGGUUACUGCCUUCUGGCUUAGGCAAAUCGAUGUCUUAGUUGACCUGCCCGCACUAUUGCGGGAGCUAAAGGCGCUAGGCGCACGGCUGCAGCCUGGCUCACCCGUUCUGGCUGACAUCCUCAGAGCUGCGGAUUCCUGCAACUUGCUAGCCCUGGUGGACAUGGCCCGGGACCUUGGAGCAGACCUAAACACAAAGCAUGGCUUAACCACCUUUAAGGACCUGCUUUACAUGGGCUCCUUGGACGUUCCUCGUCGCAUGCUGGCAUGCGGCUUCAAGCUCUGCGCAGCAGCUGAGGAUGCCGCCGCUGCACAAGCGGACGUCCUGGCGACUGCAACACGUGCUGUGUCCAGAGGUGCAUGCGCCCAGGCAAUCCGCUUUGUAGUGGAAGAGGCGGGUGUGGAUGCACGGCAGCAUGCCACGGAGGCGCUGUCGACUGCUUGCUUGUGGCAGUCUGAGGCGGCGGUUUCGGAGCUGCUAGCGGUGGGAGCCGCGCACUGCGGGGGCGACGUGAUUGAGCGGCGGGAGCAGCUGCAGAAUGCCUGCAUGUACGGCAGCCUGGCCGCAUGUCGUGCGCUGCUGGCGGCGGGAGUGGGGGAGCUCAGCCUCGACAUGAGGAGGCGGUACUGCAAUAGGGCCCGAGUGGGUGGACAUACGGAUGUCGUACAGUGGUUGCAGGAGGAGUGGGGGCUGGCGGAGGUAUGAGAGUUGAGGGGUUUGAGGCGGGAUGAAGUGGUGGGAGUAGAUUACGGGAGCAGGGGAAGCAGUGUUUAUGGGAGGAGGAUGGAUUGGGGGUAGUUGCCCUUGACGGUCCGUAGGAAUCCUCGAACCCGACAAACGAAAAGAAUCCCAAAACGAAAAUGAGGAAGAUGACAAGAAACGAAAAACCGUGAAAACGAUGUACGGCAAUGACGGUACGACUUGUAAUGUACGGCGAUGUACGGUGGCAGCACUGGAAUGGACGUACUGGAACGUACGUGUGGAGAAGAUGAGUCGUCCAAGACCCAUAUGAUCGGUUGAGGUGGCUAGGUGUGAUGCAUAUGAUGUACCCAGUAUGCUCGCAGUAUGUACACAGGAGGAAGAGGAGAUGUGUUGUACGACUGUCGUUUAUGAGCGGUGACGUAGGAAUCAACUGAUUCAAACAUCCACACACAUUCAAACAUUGCGCAUCCUGGAAUGCACGAAGGGCCUCCUUCAUUGUUUCACUACGCGCUCAAUAUGCGGCUGUUGUACUAUUAUCCACUAUCCCCGCGCCUGCCAGUAGCAUGUGUGCGUCGCGAAAUAUGCAGAGCGACACAUCAACCGAGAGCAGUGAAAUUACCUCAGCUGACCCAUGGGUCUCAGGCUUGUUUGCGCCUUACAUGGUCGCUGUUCCUCGCUCACGACUGGCCCCCCUUGUCGCGCCACCACAUCACACGGCAGGGUCGGCAGUGCUCAGAGCUUUGCCGACAACUCUGGGGCAAUGGUAGUGACCUUCCACCCUCUCCUCGCAAGCACAAAGGCACUAGUGCGAUCCAUGCCCCACCCCCCACAGUUCGUCAAUUGCUAGCACGCUACCAUAUGUGUAAGGCCUGAUG